AUGACUUGGAAUUACUCUGAGCAGGACCUCUCUCAUGCCAUUUUGCCAACAUACAAUAGCACUGACAUCCAGCCAUCUGUCUUCAUACUGACUGGUCUUCGAGGACUACCAGGAGCCCGCAUGUGGCUAGGACCACUCCUGAGUCUUAUGUACACCAUCACUCUGGCCUGCAAUUGUACAUUGCUAUAUCUAGUUAGGAUUGAGCACAGCCUCUGGGAACCCCAAUAUCUUUUCCUUUCCAUGUUGGCAGGAGCAGACAUUGCCCUGUCCAUUUCAACAUUGUGCUCAGUGCUUCAGGUUUUUGUCUUUGGUCAUCAUGAGAUCACAAUUGAUGGCUGCCUUAGUCAGCUCUUCUUUAUUCAUACCUUCUCUUCUACUGGAUCAGGGAUUCUCUUGUCCAUGGCUUUUGAUCGCUUUGUGGCUAUCAGCCAUCCAUUGCACUAUACCACUAUACUCACCCAUCCACGUAUUACCAAGAUGGGACUGGCAGCUUUCUUGAGAGGCAUAACACUCAUGACUCCAUUGCCUAUCCUCCUCAAGAGGCUUCCUUUCUGCAAAGGCCAGACCCUCUCUUACUCUUACUGCCAACACCCUGAUGUCAUGAAGCUGGCUUGUGGUCCUGUCAAAAUCAAUAUCUUCUAUGGCCUCAUCAUGGUCAUCUGCUCCUUUGCAUUGGACUUUUUGCUCAUUGUCCUCUCCUACACCCUAAUCCUCCGAUCUGUGCUGGGAAUUGCUUCCAGAGAAGGUCAGCUUAAGGCACUGAAUACUUGCCUUUCCCAUAUCUUCAUUGUCCUCAUCUUCUACAUGCCACUACUGGCAAUUGCACUAUUACAUCGGAUAAAUAGAAAGAGUUCCCGUCUAACCUAUGCUGUACUUGGAAAUUUUUAUCUCUUCAUGCCUCCCAUGUUUAACCCAAUUGUAUACAGUCUGAAGACUAAAAAAAUACGUGAUGCCUUGCAGAAGUCCUUCAGCAGCUGGAGAACCUGAGAGGUAAAUUCUAGUGUUUCCUGUAAUAAGUCUGGCAUAGUAAAUGGGAACAAAGUUUCUGGAAAAUAGGUGUAAAAAGAGUGAAUGUCCUUUCUUAAUUUUUUUAAACUAGAUCUCUUUAUCUUGCCUAGACUAGAAGUAAAGUGGCCACUUAUAGGUCCAAUCUCAUUGCUUCUCCAUAUGUGAACUCUGUCCCAUUGUAAUGCCAAUCUACUUUUCUCUUCACAUUGGGGUUAGUUGUUAGACCUAUUGCAACUCAUCACUCCAAAGCCCUAUUACAUGACUACCCUCACUCUCCCCACUGGCAGGUAUUAUACACAUGUUCUGUUACAAUCAGCCUCUCAGACAUCUUCUUGAUAUCAAUCCUCCUUUUUUCUCCUUCUUGUUAAUCUUUCACAGACAUUUUUUCUGAGUUGGGAUAAGAGAAGAGAUGGAACACUCUGGGUAUAUGUAAGAAUGAUAUCCAACUCUUUUUCUCUGUGUGUGUCUCUGUCUCUUCUCCCUUUCACUGUCUCUGUCUCAUCUCUGUUUCUAGUUCUGUCUCUAUCUCUUUCUCUCUCUUCUCUGUCAAAGAAACUUCUAUUUCUUCUUUCUGUCCUACCACUCCUCCUGCUAAAUAAAUAUUUCCCUUUCUACCCUUGAAGAACAGCAUGGGGGAAAAUGUCUAAGUUCCAUUGACUACAAAGUCAUUCAAUUCAACAUUUUUCAGCCACCUACUAUGAAUCAGGCACUGUAUUAGUUACUACCACUACAAAGUUAAAAAUAAAAUAUCCAUUGCCAUCAAUGCAAUAAAAAAUGAAAGUCCCUGU